GGAUGGGAGUGAAAUGUCCUUCAUAUAAACCAGACUUAAACUGGCAGCACAAAGCCCCAGCCGGCACGAGAGCAAAGGGAUAAGAGCAUCUUUCUCCGCAAAACGUUUGUUAGGGGGGGAAAAAAAAAGAACAACAACUUGGGAUCUAUUCCAGUGGAACAUAAAUUCCGACAACAAAACAGACAUGAGGGUCCUUUUGCGUACUCUUCUGUUGAUAUGCGCAUCUUGGACAACUGUGCCGAUAGUCGGAAUCAGCUCGGAGGGGGUGUGCCUUCAAGAUGGCGAGCACAAGGCCACGCCCAGCCCGGAACCUCACCUGAGGGAGUGUACGCUCUACGCAGACAACAGUUGCUGCACCCAGGAAGACAUCCGGGAUAUCUCCCAUUCUCCUUCUGCCAGCAAUCAGAAUGAACCUUGGGACAAGUGUGGGCCGCUGAGUCCUAUGUGUGAAGGCUUCCUGAAGCGCGUGUCAUGUUUCUACCGCUGCUCGCCACAUGCCGCCCGCUGGCCUCACCCGCAUCGCCGCUCCUACAUCCAGGCUGCGCCUCUCUGCCACAGCUUCUGUCGGGAUUGGUUUGACGCCUGCAAAACAGACCUGACGUGUGCUCGUAAUUGGGCCACAGACCCCAGAGGACACAAUUGCACGGGAAGCUGCGUUCACUAUCAUCAGAUGUAUCAACACGGCAGAGAUCUGUGUGAAAGCCUGUGGGGCGACGCCUUCACGGCAGUCGAAGAUGCAUCCCAGGAGGUUGCAGAUGCCGGAGCGAACGACGGCCGCGCUCGCCCGUGCGGCUGCCUGACCCUCAGCGCUUCGGAUGAGGACGUGAUCUCGGCACUGCGGGCCCGCCAGGACGCCCGGGAGGAGCUUGAUACCACCAAAACCGGGCUGCCUCCGUAUAUGUCCCCCUGUCAGAGCAGGCCGCCCCCGCGGACCAUGAGAAAGGGGAAUUCUGUCCUGCGCAAACGUUCCGUCAUCGUGGACGACGGGGAGGGAAGUGGAAGUGGCCUGUAGACAAUCAAGUUCAGUUCCACGCUUAGUACCAGGAUGUAGUGUUAAUGCUCAGAAUUCAAAUACGCUCCGAAAUUCCAAAUACACGCACGCGCGAGAUAUUAUUCUGCUAGCUUGGUCCUUAAUGUCCUGUGGUUUGAUUAUAUUCUGAUUACUAUAUGUAGCUCAAUUUCGAGGUAACGUUAGAUGUAAAGUUUUUUUUUUUGGAAGCGAAAGUCCCCUCAAAUUGGUGUUUGUGUAAUUUUCGUAUAUGUUCUCAAUAAAGAAAAGUUUCUGAAAGGCAA